UUCCUUCUAGUUAUUAGAAACAAUGAGACCUGAAGAAAUGAUGGACGAUCGACGUGGUGGAGCUCCGUACGGCGUACUUCUCGCCGUGGUGGUCGUUGCGGUUAUGGCAGCGCCGAUGCUGCUCGGCGACAGAGGAGAGGCGAUUAGAGAUCUCAUAUCCGAAAUGCUAAGCCCGAUAGGUCUUCUACUCCUUCCAAUCGGCCUUCUCCUCCUUAUUCAGUUCCUUUCCUCCGAGCGAGGAUCCAGCAUCUUCUCCGCCACCGGAUCUCCUGACACUAUCCAUCGCAUUACCGGAUCUCCAGUUGGCGUCGCACUUUUCCUUCUUCUCCUCCUCUUUCUCCUCUACAACCGUUUCUCAAUUUUCAACGUAGGAGGCGAUGAUGAUUCCGGCGACUGAUUCAUACUGAUUUUGUCUAUUAAGUUAAUAGUA